GAGCAGAGAGACAGCGCUGACCUAAAAGGUGGCAUCCCCACAAAAUAAAGAGAGAGAGAGAGAGAGAGAGAGGGGUAAUCAAGAGCUCCAGUUCAGUAUUUUCCUCAUCCUCCUCUCUGGCUACAGAGGGAGGAGGAAUAUGGGGAGAGGGAAGAUCGUGAUCCGCAGGAUUGAUAACUCCGCAAGUCGGCAGGUGACCUUCUCGAAGAGGAGGAACGGGUUACUGAAGAAGGCCAAGGAGCUUGCCAUCCUUUGCGAUGCUGAGGUCGGUGUGGUGGUGUUCUCCGGCACCGGCCGACUCUAUGAUUACGCCAGCACCAGCAUGAAGUCUGUGAUAGAAAGGUAUACUAGGGCAAAGGCAGAGAACCAUCUGAUUGUGGACACAGCUUCAGAAAUAAAGUUUUGGCAAAGGGAGGCAACAAGCUUGAGGCAGCAAUUGCAUAAAUUGCAAGAAACUCAUAGGCAGUUGAUGGGAGAAGAACUUUCUGGUCUAAGUGUCAAGGAUCUAGAAAAUCUAGAGAACCAACUGGAGAUGAGACUCCGUGGUGUUCGAAAGACGAAGGAACAACUUCUAAUUAAUGAAAUUCAAGAAUUGAAUCAGAAGGGGAGCCUUAUUCACCAAGAAAAUAUGGAGCUUUACCGGAAAAUAAACAUAAUGUAUCAAGAAAACAGAGAGUUACACAAGAAGGUUUAUGCACCAACGGAGGAAAAUGACCCUAAUAGAAAUUCAGUUAUCCCACAUGGUUUUCAUAUAACAAAGGAAGUAAAUGCACUCAUUCAUCUUGGACUACACCAACAACAUCAGCAUGGAGAAGAGUUAAAACUUGGAGCUCCAAAACUAGGCAUAUUUCAAGUGAAAUAAGGAGAGAGAUAACAGAUCAAGAAUCAGCGUUCAUGGUCUUCAUCAUAUUAUCCCGAGGUUAUAACAGUGUUGUAAUUAUCCUAAGCUAUGGUGACAGCACCAUACUACUGCUGGUGUGAUACAAUGGCGACAGCAGUACCUACUUAUGGUCAACUUUGGCCAUUUAAUCCUAAAUUUUCCUCAUCCACUUCUUCCUAUUAUCUUUCCCAACUUCUGCUUUUCUGUCUAAGUAUGAAUUAGAGCUGUAGUAGCAUUUUCCUCUUAUCAUCAUCCUAAUCACCAAUGAUUUCUCUCUAAUCAUGACGAAAUGCGACAAGUCUGUUCCCUUUAAACUCAAUCAAACUGCACUUGGCUUGAUCAGUCCUAGAGUCUAGAGAUCCUUCUGUUACUCAAAACAGAUCAAACCAAACUGAUUUAACAUAUCAAAGGGAUCAGUUGAUCCAAUUGAAACUCUCAUAAAUUUCACCAAUUCCAGUAGAUGCU